AUGGAUCUGAACGAAUGGGAAUUUGUGGAAGGUACUGGGGAGAAUGGUUGGGGCACUCAUCAAAAGCAGUACUAUACAGUAAAUGCCGCCGAAAAUGCACGGUGUGAGAAUGGUCAUCUGAUCAUCGAAGCACAUAAAGAGGAGUACAGAGGAUGUGAAUAUACAUCUGCUCGAUUGAGAAGCAAACAGUUAUUUCGAUACGGCCGACUUCAAAUCCGUGCCAAGUUACCUUCUGCUAAAGGAACAUGGUCGUCUUUUGUUCUCAUUCCGACCGCAAUGGCCAACGACGAAAGCACAAGCUCAGAAAAGGGAGAAAUCAAUAUUAUGUCACACUUUGGGCACAGUUCAUCGGUGAUUGAAUCAUCAAUUUGUACGAAAUCAAGUAGUCCACUGCGAAAUAGUACUCUCGUCAACACUGCUGAAGUUCUUGAUGCAACUACCUGUUUUAAAACUUAUACCCUUUUUCGCUCACACGAUCAAAUUCAAAUGUUCGUUGGUUCAGAUGAACCGAAUACGCUCCAUCAACAGAUUCUUCUCUGGGAAAAACGCACUAAAGAUUGGACAUCUCGUUCGUUUGAAAAUAAAUCAUUUCAUCUGGAAAUCUAUUUGGCUAUUGGUGGAGAUCUAGCUGGCAAUCAGAUUGAUGAAGAUAGGUUUCCUCAGCGAAUCGAAAUCGAUUACGUCCGUUUUGAUGAAAUGAGUUAA